CUCUCUCUCUCUCUCUCUCUCUCUCUAUCUGAUCGAGGAAAACAGGAGAGAAAUGAGAAUUGUGAAAGGGCUUUUGGGAUUGCUUGCAGUGCUUGGUUUAGUGGCUCAUGGGGAUCCUCUUGUGCCUGCACUGUGCAUCUUUGGGGACUCGGUGGUGGACGCGGGCAACAACAACGAUCUCUACACGCUUGUCAAGGCCAACUUCCCCCCUUAUGGAAGAGACUUUGCCUCUCACAACCCCACUGGCAGGUUUUGCAAUGGAAAGCUUGCCACAGAUUUCACUGCCGAGAACCUCGGAUUCACUUCCUACCAACCGGCUUACCUUAGCCGUGAAGCAACAGGGAAAAACCUCUUGAUCGGAGCCAACUUUGCCUCGGCUGCUUCCGGCUAUUUAGACCGGACGGCCCAGUUAUACCAAUCUAUUUCGCUGCCCCAGCAGCUGAACAACUACAAGGACUGGCAAAGCAAAGUGGUGAGUAUGGUGGGAAGGCGCAAAGCCAACGAUUUUUCGGGCGCGAUCCACCUUCUGAGCGCGGGGAACAGUGACUUCAUUCAGAACUACUACAUCGAUCCCGUUCUCAGUGGAGCUUUCACACCAGACCAAUUCUCCGACAUUCUCCUCACAUCUUACUCCAAUUUCAUCCAGGAUCUCUAUGGAGCGGGAGCGAGGAAAAUUGGAGUGACAAGCCUACCCCCAACUGGAUGUUUGCCGGCAGCCAGAACUCUCUUUGGAUCCGGAAGCGCCCAGUGUGUAGCAAGAUUGAACCAAGACGCGGUUUUGUUCAAUAAUAAGCUAAAUAGCACAUCUCAGAGCUUGCAGAAAAGGCUCCCAGGUCUCAAACUUGUGGUCUUCGACAUCUACCAGCCCCUCUUGGACCUGGUCACAAAACCUGCUGAGAAUGGGUUCUUUGAAUCUACGAAGGCCUGCUGUGGAACAGGUACAGUGGAAACAUCCUUGCUUUGCAAUGCAAGGUCCAUUGGAACAUGCACAAAUGCUACCGGUUACGUUUUUUGGGAUGGAUUCCAUCCCUCUGAAGCCGCUAACAUGGCCUUGGCAGGAGCACUCCUUUCUCAAGGAUUCUCUCUCAUUUCUUGAGUGUAAGAAGCAUAUCAGCAUUGUAGCUACAAUGAUAUAUAGUAGCCUUCUCAUCUUGAAAAGAAGGAUAUAGGGGCAUAUAUAAGGAGAUCCAAUGACUAGUUAAAAAGAUUUAGUUUGCUUUAAAUUGUUUGUGGAUCCGAAUUUCCAAUAUACUUCAAGUGUUAAUGGCUAUUAGUAGCAACGGUUGCUUGAUGCUUCUUCGAA